AUGCGGCAGCUUAAACACCACGAGCGCAAGCUCCUCAAGAAGGUGGACUUUCUGCGAUGGAAGAACGAGCACAACAUGCGGGAGCUGCAGGCGAUGCGGCGCUACCACAUCCAAAACCGCGAUGACUAUAAGACCUACAACAAGAUUGCGGGCAUGAUUACUAAGCUGACCAACAUGCUGCGGCAGCUGGGCCCAGAGGACCCCACCCGCAUCGAGCUCACAGACCAGCUGCUGGACAAGUGA